CAACAAUUAAGUUAAUUUGUUGCUAAGAUCAAAAGCAAUAUAUCGUAAAAAACUUUAUUGCUAAUUGAUCUGCAUUCUACGUCAACACGUCAAAGACUAUAGCCCACAAGAAAUCAACGUGAUCGACGAGCAAACCUGACAAUUUGCAGAUAGAUCAUAACCACACAACUGAUCGCUAUCCGUGACUGAAAUAAUAAAUCAUUUACGAGUGUUUGCUGAUUUAACAAUAUCAAUUUCAAUUUGUCCUUAUCAAAAGUAAUUAAAAAUGCAAAUAAAUACCAAAUAAUAAGAUUUCAGCCCUGAAUUCAAUACAAACUGUGCAUUUACUUUGCCGUCUAUAACUUUACCGCUAUUUCAUAAACAAAAUGCGAGGUGUGGUAGAGAAAACAGAACGCAUAUCGUAUAAAAUCAGUGACAGUGAUUCGAGGAUCGCUUUAACUACGCGAUCGCACAACUUGAAUUUUAAGUAUUGCUUCGGUUCUCAGAUAUGUCAGACGUAUCUGCUAAGCGCGUUCGGCAAGUUCAUUUUCAGAUAUAAAUAUACGUACUUUCAGAUACAAAAUAAUAUAGCAAGCAGAUGUGAUUUUCAGUAUUUAAUUUUAAAGUUUAACAUCGUGGGUUAAUGUUGGAAAAAAAAAUUCACAGCAAUGGAUCCGUUAAAUGAGUGUAUCAUGUUCUAUGAACAAAGUUUGAAAAAAAAGAGGUCAUGUAAGCUCGGUAAUUACGAAACCGACAGUUUUUUUGAACCGCGAAUGUCACUAUUGGGCAAACCUCUAAACUACAAUCGCGGCACGCGCCGUGGUUUUCGGUACAGAAGACUACAAAGCCGUAUCUACAACUUUCUGGAGAGGCCGCGCGGAAUACCAGCAGUCAUAUAUCAUAUUAUGGUAUUUCUAAUGGUAUUUACUUGUCUUGCCUUGAGCGUUUUUUCAACAAUCGAGGAAUACGAGAAGGACGCUCUGUACAUUUUGUUUAGAAUGGAGAUUUUGGUUGUUGUGUGGUUCACCAUGGAGUUCUUCUUGCGGGGACGAACAUAA